AUGUUGAAGAUAUGGUCCAUGAAAAAGGAGCAGAAGCAGGCCGAAAGCUCGGAAGGCCAGGCGGCGGGAGGCAAGAAAAAAAAGGUGACGGCAGCCCAACUGCGGGUCCAGAAAGACCUUUCAGAGCUGUCGCUCGGAUCGACCAUGCGGACCGACUUCCCCGACGCAGACGACAUCCUCAACUUUGUCCUGACCAUUGAGCCCGACGAGGGCAUGUAUCGCACCGGGCGCUUCACCUUUGACUUUGCCAUCAACCAAAGCUUCCCGCACGAGCCACCAAAGGUCCGAUGCAGAGAGAUCAUCUACCACCCCAACAUUGACCUCGAGGGCAAGGUGUGUCUGAAUAUUCUGCGCGAGGACUGGAAGCCCGUCUUGAACCUCAACGCCGUCAUUGUGGGUUUGCAGUUCCUGUUUCUCGAACCCAACGCCACGGACCCCCUCAACAAGGAGGCCGCCGACGAUCUACGACAUAACCGUGAAGGCUUCAAAAGAAACGUGCGGACGGCUAUGGGCGGCGGCACCGUCAAAGGGACCAGGUACGACAGGGUGAUUAAAUAG